AUGUCUCUCAAACCUCUUCAUGAAGGUGUCAAAGAGCUCCAUUUACCAGAAGAUGAUGAGAAGUGCUAUUGCAUGAACAAAGUUCAAUAUGGCCUACCUUGUCACCAUAUCCUACCAGUAGAAAGAGAUCUUCAAAUCUCUGAUCUACCAGAUAGAUGGGUUAUUGAUGCUAGAAAGGAAGACAAGGCAUGGAAUCAGCCAAAUAUGCAAGUUCCUGUCAUUGAAAAACCCAAGGAGUGGAUGAUCAUUCUCCUAUCAAACUGCAAGCACCAGAGAACGUCAAGUAUCCAGGAAGACGCAAAGGCAGCAGCCGUCCUAAAUACUUGCCAAAGGACUUUGGUCACCCAAUGUGAAGAAAGACAAGUAUCUUGGCUGGAACUGCCAGGAUUAAGGCAAUUCAAUGCUACCAAAAACAAAACAAAACAAAUUGAAAAGGAGCCUCUCGACCCAGUCGAUGCCACCAAAAACAAAACAAAACAAUCGAUGCCCCCCAAAAAAAAUGGGUUCAAAAGACCUGCCACUGCCUUAGAAGACUACCAGUAUGAUAAUCGCACCUCUGUUGGCAAGAGGAUCAAAUUCCAGUCCAGUUUUCCUGUCUCUCAUGAGAUAAUCGAUGAUGUCAAGGGUGGGUUUAGCCCUACUGCUGACGGAUGGUGUGAUUUUUGGGUCCUUGCCCACUUGAUCUACAAAGAUCAAAAUAAGUUUCCUCUUGUAAAAAGGGAUAUGCUAGCCGCCCUGCCAAAAUACAAACCAUUCAACAUCAGCAACACCAACACCAACACCAACACCAACACCAACUUCAUCCCAGUAUGUUCAGAUGACAUCUGCGUCUACUCAGACAGUCCCAACACCUCCUCAACAACCUUUCUUCCAUUUGCCCUUCCCAACAACAACACCAAACAACAACAACCUCUGAUUUUUAAUCAUGUUAACAGUAAUCACUGGACAACAGUUGACCUUUCCCGUAAUAUCUCUAGAAAAUGGCCAACCGUUCCCAAAUUAUUUUCUUUAGGUUGUGCCAGAAAUAAGAUUGAUGAUAACUUUGAUACUUACUGGAAUAAGCUCAAAGAAUUUAAUAAGAAUGACCGCAGAAAUGCCAUGCUCUCUCUCUAUUCACAGCGAGAUGAACCAAUUGAUCUUACUCCAAAAUAA